CAACCUGGAGAUCCUGUCCCAAAAAACACUCCACCACAAAAAACACUGGCUGUAACGACAACAAUAGACGGUUUGACAACUCAAGCAACAAGUAAGUUCACACUAAGUAAUUUUUUAAAAUGUCAGUUUUAGAAAUAAUCGAUAAUAAUCAUUCAAACAGAAAAUACUUCGGAAACUCUAACUACGAAAGAUUUAAAAACUUUAGCCUGUACAUAAGUGCACAAUAAUGCUCUAAUAAAAAGUUAUUCAGCUUUAAUUUAGAAAUUGAUUUUGCACUUAUACUGUAUUAUCAAUUAAUCCUUUUAUAGUGAAAUCCAUACCGAAAGAAACUGAAGGUUCAAUUAUUCCGACAACUCAACCAAGAAGUAUGUUCUAAUGAUUCAAUGUAAAAAUCUGUAUUCAAUCUAUUAGUAUUAUGAGAGUAUUAAAUUUUAUUUUUUGUGUAAGUCAAAUUCAUAAUUGUAGCAAAAACUCCCAGGGGACUAAAACGAGGAAAUACGCGGAAUAAUGCACAAUAGUGCACAUGCAAUAGUGCACAAUAAUGCUCAAAUAAAAAGUUAUUCAGCUUUAAUUUAGAAAUUCAUUUGUAUUUAUAUGUAUUAUUAAUUAAUUUUUUUACAGCAAAUUCCACACCGAAAGAAACUGAAGGUUCGAUUUUUCCGACAACUCAACCAACAAGUAUGUUCCAAUAAAUCAAUGUAAAAAUUCUGUAUUCAGUGUGUUAGUAUUUUGAGAGUAUUAAUUUUUUUGUAUAAGUCAAAUUCAUAAUUGUAGCAAAAAACUCCCAGGGGACUAAAGCGAGGAAAUACGCGGUAUGCUACAACUGAAAGAUAACUUGAUGUGUUUGUUCUGAAGAAAUUCUCUAAAAUGUUUUAGCGAUUCUACCAUCGUUAUCAAUUUAUCCUGUACAUAAGUGCACAAUAAUGCUCAAAUAAAAAGUUAUUCCGCUUUAAUUUAGAAAUUGAUUUUGUACUUUUUGUAUUAUCAAUUAAAACUUUUUGCAGCAAAAUCCACACCGAAAGAAACUGAAGCUACAAAUAUUCCGACAAUGCAACCAACAAGUAUGUUCCAAUAAAUCAAUCUAAAAAUUCUGUAUUCAGUGUGUUAGCAUUUUGAGAGUAUUAAUUACUUUAUAUAAAUCAAAUUCAUAAUUGUAGCAAAAAACUCCCAGGGGCCUAAAACGAGGAAAUUCGCGGUAUGCUACAACUGAAAGAUAACUUGAUGUGUACUGUUUGUUCUGAAGAAUUUCUUUAAAAUGUUUUAGAGUUCUACUAGCUAUCUUUAUCAAUUCAUCCUGUACAUAAGUGCACAAUAAUGCUCAAAUAAAAAUUAAGUUAUUCAGCUUUAAUUUAGAAAUUGAUUUUGUACUUAUAUUAAUUAUUAAUUAAUCUUUUUACAGCAAAAUCCACACCGAAAGAAACUGAAGGUUCAAUUAUUGCGACAACUCAACCAAGAAGUAUGUUCUAAUGAAUCAAUGUAAAAAUUCUGUAUUCAAUCUGUUAGUAUUUUGAGAGUAUCAAAUUUUAUUUUUUGUAUAAGUCAACUUCGUAAUUGUAGCAAACAACUCCCAGGGAACUUAAGCGAGGAAAUACGCGGUAUAUUUGUUGUAUCCUGUACUUAAUUCAUCCCAUCCUCGUCGCCACUUUUGUAUCUUGCUUGGAGUCAUCAAGAAACAUGUCCUCACAGCACAAGCAGAGCAAAAGGACUGGAGAGAAUCACUACCAAACCUACUUCUCCACUAUCGAACCACACCCCACCGAAUCACUGGACAGACCCCAGCAAAACUACUCAUGAAGAGGGAACUUCGAACCAAGAUCCCAGCAAUUUCCACGGUGGACCAACCAACAGAUUGGCACGAGGAAGUGCGAAGAAAAGACGAUAACGAGAAGUCCAAAGCGAAAGCAUACACCGACAAGAACCGUCAUGCAGCGGAACGAAAAUUGAUCGUAGGAGAUAAAGUUCUGGUCAAACAGAAGAGAAAAAACAAGUAUUCGACAAAUUUUUGCAAAGAUCCGAUGACAAUCACGAAGAUCAACGGAACACAGAUCGUGUUAACAGAUCUCCAUGGUAAACAGCACCGACGAAACUCUUCUCAUGUCAAGAAAUAUUGGACCACAUCAGAACCGAACAACGUAGAAGACGAGGAUUUCGUUGCAGAAUCCCAACCACCACAAAGCACCACUGAAGAAACCCCACCAGACAGCAACCCAAACAUUCCCAUCAUCCAACCAGACCCAACCCCGCUCCGCAGAUCCACACGAGAGAAAACCGUCCCAGAUCGCCUUAGAUAUUGA